AUGUUCCGUUGUGGGAGUGAUAGGAAUCUAAGCAUACUUUGUGUGCCUGGCUCCCUGUAUGCCAUUUGUAGAGCACAUCAUAAUGGUGAUGGUCUUACCAAAUGGCGUAUGAGGAGUCAUGCAUGCUGUGUAUUGCUUCCCAAAGGAGUCAAAGCUAAAGGGUUGGAUUUGGAAUUGGUCUCCUCUGGAUCGGAUCUUGUUCAUCUUUUGGUACACGAGGCAAAGAAACUUAGAAGAGUUGUCCUCCUCCAUGGAGCAAGGGUCAUUAUUAGGUUGGAGUGGACGUAG